AUGAAGCGAGAGAAACUUGACAAAUGUUUUGGGCGAUUCUUGGAGAUGCUCAAGAACCUUUAUGUAAACAUUCCCUUCACAGAGGUAUUCACUCAGAUGCAUGCUUAUGCAAAUUUCUUGAAGGAAAUUCUGUCUAGCAAGAGAAAAUUAGAGGAAACAAUAAUGGUCAAGUUAAAUGCCCACUGUAGUGCGAUAUUGAAAAACAAAAUUCCUCAAAAGUGUGGGGAUCCAGGAAGCUUCACCAUACCAUGCUUAUUGGGGAGUGCAAAGUUUGACAAGGCCCUCUAUGAUUCUGGGACGUCUAUAAAUCUAAUGCCUUUAUCUGUAUUCAGGAGACUGGAAGGUGAGCUUGGAGUGAUCAAAUCAAUACCAGUGUCCCUACAACUGGCUGACCAGACCACUAUUUUACCUGAGGGAAUUAUUGAAGAUAUUCUAGUGUGGGUGGAUAAGUUUGUGUUCCCCGUAGACUUUAUUGUGGUGGAUAUGGAGGUGAACAAGGAGGUGCCUCUAAUUCUGGGGAGGCCAUUUUUAUGUACAGGUAGAGCUAUCCUUGAUAUCUAUGAGGGGCAGCUUAUGCUCAUAGUGGGCAAUGAAAAAGUGGUGUUUCAGAUGAGGAGGAUAAUGAAAUACCUCAGUGAUGAGAUGUCCGCCUACUCGUGUUUCAAGCUAGAUAUUGUAGGGGAAUUAGCUAAAAAAUAA